AUGGUGACAGGUGCUGGAACUGGUAUCGGUGCUGAUACUGCUUUUCUCCUUGCUGAAAGAGGUGCAAAAGUGGUCAUUGUUGGCCGAAGAGAAGCCCCUCUCCAUGAAGUUGAGCAACGCAUUGUAGCAGCUAGUGGCGAGGUUCUUGUCGCCGUGGCCGAUGUAUCCGAUAUAGCCCAAGUUGAGAAAGUGGUUGAGAAUACUCUGGAAGUAUCUGGCGAAAACUUUGACCUGCCCGAUUUGCCCAAGGGUGUGUGGGAUGAGACCAUUGCCAUCAACCUGUCUUCCAUUUUCUACUGCAUGAAAGCCCAAAUUCGCGCAAUUGAUCAGGUAGGAGGGGUUGAGAUCAUGAAUGUUUCCAGCGUCCUCGCUGAUCGCGGUCUUGUCUGGCGCGCUCCUUACACUGCUACGAACACGCCAUUCGAGGUAUUACCAGAACAACUACCGCCGACUGGGCUUCACGAAACAUCCGGAUCAAUGAACUCCAACCUGGAGUCAUAG